CGACAUUCCCUACGCAUGCGCAUAAGCCAGGAAAGUCGGUCGCUCUUUUCACGGUAAAAGUCUACAGAAGACGAUUAAAAUGAACAAUAAAGUGCCUCAAUCCAUCUGUGGAGACAGUAUGGCAGUCAAGGACACAAGUCCGUCUGUGGAGGCGGCAGCCCGCGGGACGAGUAACAUUGAAGAGUCCCAUGUCGGGAAUUUCAACGAUGAUGGAUCACUCCCACCGGAAGUCGUCAAUUUUUCAGACAUUAUUCAAGACCAAGAAAUUGGCGUACUGGAAAAGAUUGAUGCAAAAGAAUUGGACAUGGCUAAAGAUUCAUCAAGACUUGGACAAUGUUCAGGAAGCCUGACACAGACAGCAGGUGUAUCAAGGAAAAGUUUAGAGAAUGAUGUCUCGUUAUGGUUAAAGACUGCAGUUGGUUUGGAUGACAAAGUCUUUGAGAAGUAUGAAAGUUUACAGGAGUUGAAUGGAUUGACCCUGUUUUCCUAUGGAGGAGAGAAUGCCCCUACUGUUUUUGCAUCGGAAUCCAGAGUGCCAAUGAGAAUUGCAAUUAGAAUUCUAUGUAUUAGAGAUGGAAUUCAUGAAAAAAGAUCUAAUCCUCUACUAAAAUUCACAUCAGAACAGAUAUCAGAAUUUUUGAAUGAAAUUUUUGUGAAAAGGGAUAGAAAAUGUGUAAAACUUCUGCGUGAGCACAUCAUUAAAUGGAACAUAGAUGGUCUUAUAUUUUAUGCUUACAAGGAUGGGAAAGAAUUUCAAAGUGACUUUCAUGAUUUGGACAUAGAUGGCAUUUACUUUAGAAAAGCCAUUAUAAUGCGUAACGAGAGAUUUAAAGUACCAACUCAUACUUACCUCCCUUUUUGUGAUGAGGUCCAAAAAGCCCUUUCAAAAUCAAUUACAAAAGAAACCAGAAGCAUGGAUAAUAGUAUAUCAAACUCCAAACUACAACAUCCUGUGCAAGAAGAAAGUUCUAAUGAAUUGUAUGCAAACAAGUACAAAAAAUUGCUUUGCCCAAUGCUGUCGUUAGAUGAAAGCAUUGUACGCAAAUUGUGCAAGCCAUGCAUGAUGUAUGUUAUUUAUGGAUCAUUGACAAAUCCUAAUGAUGAGUUUGAGAAAAAAUUUGCAUUUUUUCUGGUAUGCGAAAAAGAUGAAUUUAAAGAAAAAGCACAACAAAAAAUUCUUUGGGAAAAAAUAAACGAAAGUAUCCGGUCUCGUGGGUUUGACCUUCUAACACAAGAUCAAAGAAAUAACUUAAGUGGGGGAAAUGAUAUGCCUAAAAACCAGUGUAACUUUUUAUAUGUUAUGGAAAAAAGCUGGGAGGUCAUAAAAGGUUUGUUUGGUAUUUUAUUAACUACCAAGAACAUUUUUGAAAGUAAAGAAAAGCGUUUUGUCACGAAUUUGUCAAAUGAUCCUGCAAGUCCACAACAGUUUUAUUUUGCCUUCAGAACAUCAGAGGAAUAUUUUGUUUUUGACCCAGAAAAUUAUUCUAAAGGCUUUGAAAGACAGAUACACAAGAAUUUAAGCAACAAAUUUCAACGCACAGAGAAAAAUGAAUAUUCUUUUCAAUGUCCAACUAAAGUACUUCCUGUUCAAGAAGGAAGUGUAGGAAAUGGAGAAAUUCACCCUAUAAACCAUCUACAUGCAAGGAAAGAAGAAGCUGAAACCAAACAAAUUAACAUACAGUAUCCAAGAAAAUUCAAAGAAAGCUCGGAAAAUGUGAAAUACCAAGUGGGAAGUAUUUUGAAUCAACCAGAAUGUGGUGGACAAGUGUCUUCAAGGGCUUUGGAGUUUAAAUCCCUUUUUACAUGCAUUAAGUUUAAAAAAGAGAACAGAUUCAUAAAAUUUCAGACAGAAACUCUAAGAUUUGCCUCUGCUUGUCUUAAUUCUAGAGUAAAUGGAACCAUCUACUUUGGUGUAGCAGAUUCUGUUGGCAAAGAGUACAAACAUGGAGAAGUAGUAGGUUGUAAAAUUACUGAAAUUGAGGAUGACACCAGAAAUGCGUAUACGGACGAACUAAAAGAUUCAAUUUUAAACACUGGAGCCUUUUACUCUGAAAUGGCUGAUACUGCAUUUCACUGCAUUUCAGAACCAAAAUUUGUUGAAGUUGAAAUACCCAAUGAAUCAAUCCCUCAUUAUGUGAUUGAAGUGGAUAUAGAAGCUGCAUCAGAAAUAUGCAAAAAUUAUUACUUUAAAGUAAAUUUGAAAAAGAUUAAAAAUCAAGAUAAAUCAGUGAAAGAUGAGUAUGUAAUUUUUAUGCGGAAAGGUGCCUCAACAGUAAAACUUGUAGGUAUAGCAGAAGAACUUUUCAUCAAAUCAACAAUGCAAGAUUUUGUUGCUCUAAGGAAAAGGGCUGAUGGUGAAACAAAGCCAGAGAUAUGCGAAAAAUGCAAAAAACAAUGAAAUAAACAAUAUUCAAUAGUUUUUAGCUAAGUGAGCUAAAAGCUCAAGUGAGCUUUUCUGUUUAUUUUUUGUCUGGCAUCAUUCUGUAUCUGUAAACUUUUUACAUUAACUCCUUCUCCAGAACCACUGGGCUAUUAAUUUCAACCAAACUUGGCACAAUGCAUCAUUGGGUGAAGAGGAAAAUGAAGAGUCGCACCCUCUUUGAAGGGGAGAUAAUUAAGAAUUAUUGAAAAUUUGUUGAUAUUAUUUCCAAAAUCCUCUCAAAACUGUGAAGUCAGAAAAGCAGAAACUUGUGUUGAAGCAUCCCUAGUUAAAAAAAUAAUACAAAUUAUUAUGUAGGGCAGAUGUAUAUGUAUUUUUAAUUGGUGCAACAAUUUUUGUAGUCUUUCCUUUAUUUGGGCAAAAGAAAUUUUUAAUUAAUAAAAGAACUGCUUUUGUAAACAGAGAACGUACGUGCCAUUCAACAGUAAUAUGUUGGUAGAUUCAAAGGUUUGGUGUGAUAAUAUACAUCUUUACUUCAAAAUUACCACUCAGAAGGAGAAGGGGGUAUACUUUUUUACCCUUGUGUGUCUGUCUUGUCUGUCCGUCUGUCUGUCCUUCUGUUGUUUGUCCGUAACAAAAAUUUCUGUGGUUUUUUUCUCAGCAACUAUUAAUUGCAGGUGCUUAAAAUUUUAAUGCACUCUUUGCUUAGGGAUGCCAUAUGGUGGGAUCCAUUUUUGUACCAAUCAUACAUCAACUUCCUGUUAAAUGAAACUUUGUUUAUUUUUAAACAAUUUUCAAACAAAUUUUUGUCAAAGAUUUCUCAGCAACUAUUCAUUGCAGAUGUUUGAAAUUUUAACAUACUCUUUGUUUAGGCAUGCUAUUUGAUGGAAUCUAAUUUUUGUAUCUUCCUGUUAAAUGUUGGCUUUGCUUAUUUUUAUAUUCACAUCAGAGCAGGGGUAUUACUAGUGAGCAUUGGUUCACAGAUAUGUUGUCUUAAGAAAGCUCUAUUAUUGGUUUGAAAUUAAUUUUUAUUUUUAGGAAACAUAGGAAACUAUGAUUUUCUAUAUUUCAUGUUUUUGUAAAUAUAAGUUUUACCAUGACUUUUAUCGCUUAUUUAAGGGGUUUGUUUUCUAUCUCUCUAUUUCACUCAUUUAUACAGUAAAAUCACAUCUGCAUGGUCUCAAAUUUUAAAUUAUUUGUCUUUAAAAGACUGGGCUCUGUGGGCACCCUAUAAUAAACAGUCUGUCUGUCCAUUCAUCUUUCCAUCCGUCUGUCUGUGCAUGAUCACUUUUCUAGGGCAUACAUGUAUCUUCUCUACGUUGGCCUAAUCUGGCUCGUACUUCACCAAUUGAGUGCUUUUGGUCAAAGGAUAUGCAAUGAUCUUGAACCAAGUUUCUAGGUCAUAAGUCAAAGCAGAAUUAUAUGAAAAAUCCUAUGGAUCAUAUAUUCUCUCCCCUUGGUCUAAUCUGGCUCAUCCUUCACCAACAGAGUGUCUUUGAUCUAAGGUUGUGAAGUGAUCUUGACUGACAUUUCUAUGUCAAGGGUCAAUGUCCUAUCAGACCAUGCAAAUAAAAAAUAUUUAAAUAUUUCAGAGCAUAUUUACUCCCCACUUGGCCAUAUCUGGCUCAUACUUCACGUGAACAUAGCUUUUGGGUAAAGAGUGUGCAGCAACUUUGAAUUGAGUUUCAAAGUCAAUUGUGAAAGUCGAGUCAGAUCUCUUUAAGAUCCAGGUUUAGACCACAAAUUAUUUCCCAUUGGCUUAAUCUGGCUCACAUAAAACCCCAAAAAGCCUGUUGGUAAGGGGUAAUGAGCUUGAUUUAACGAGGCUGGGUAUAAUUAUUUUGUAAUGGUCAAAAUAAUACAUUAUUUUUGCCUGAAUUGCAUGCUAUAUUUUUUACCUGUAUCAGGUUAUUCCAUGGAGUUUCUGUUUUACACGAAUUCUUUUGUUUUUAUUAGAGAUUAUGUAAACUGUUACAUCAUGUACAUAAAGCUUAUUAAAAUAUCUUUUAAACAUUUA